AUGAAGCUCCUCUCCACCGCGUUCGCCGCUCUCGCUCUCUUCGCCGUCACCGUCAACGGAUCGCCUAUGAUGCGCCAGGAGGAGGCCUCCAGCUGCACGCUCAGCGGCACCUACAAGGCAGAAACCUCCAUCUCGUCCUGCAGCACGAUCACUAUAGGCACGCUCACUGUACCCGCCGGUGUCACGCUGGACCUGAGCAAGGCCAAAACAGGCGCCAACAUUUUAAUCUCCGGCACCGUCACGUUCGGACAAAAGAAGUGGGCCGGUCCACUCGUUCUACUCGGUGGCAGCAACCUCAAGGUCAGCGGCUCCGGCACGUUGGACGGCCAAGGCGCCUGGUACUGGAAGCAGGGCACGUCCAUCAGCCGGCCCGUCUUCUUCCGUCUUAACCGCGUCACGGGCUCCACGCUCUCGGGUUUCAAGAUCAAGAACUCGCCUUUCCGUACCUUCAGUGUCCUCAACUAUCAAAAGACAACCAUCAGCGGACUCACACUCGACUCGAGCGCUGGUGACGGCACGGCCAAGAACACGGACGGCUUCGACUUUAGCGGCAACAACUACGUCACCAUCACGGGCAACAAGAUCUACAACCAGGACGACUGCCUCGCCAUGCAGUCCAGCACCAACACUGUCUUCAGCAACAAUUACUGCAGCGACGGCCACGGCAUUUCUCGAUUGGCGCUCGGCGGCUCCACCGUCAACGCAGCCGACACCGUCUCCGGUCUCACGGUGAGCGGCAAUACCAUCGUCAACAGCGUCAACGGCAUCCGCAUCAAGACCAUCGCGGACCUCAAGGGUCUCGUGUCCGACGUCACGUACACGAACAACAAGUUGUCGAACGUCAAGAACGCCAUCGUGGUCCACUCCGACUACAGCAAGUCCAAGGGCGGCUACACCGGUAAGGCCACGAGCGCCGUCACCAUCAAGGGCGUGACCAUCUCUGGUCUGUCGGGCACCGCCACCAACCUGUACGACAUUGUGGCGAACUCGAAGGUUGUGUCGAACUGGGAGUUCUCGGGAGUCACGGUGAAAGCGUCCACGACGGGCAAAUGCAGCGGCCAGCCCAGCAACGUCAAGUGUUGA